AAAAUCGAAGUCGAACUGACAGCGCCGACGAUAUUCUAUUUUCCAAAAUAAGUUUGUAGAAAAUUAUUUCCGUAGAGAAAUAAUAAUUUUUCAGUGCUUUGCUAUCGGAAUUAUUCUGAAUACAAACUCUUAAAAUGGCCUCAAUGAAAAUAUUUUCCCUUGCUAAAUACGGACGAUGGGGUGUGCCAAAAAAUAUUCGAAUGUAUUCUUCAAGGGACAAAGAUAUUCUACCACCAGCUAAAGGAUAUAUCUAUGUUAACAACAAGGAAUUGAGUAUGGAACUUAACGACGUCACCGAUCGAUCAGCCCAGACACUCUUCCUAUCCGAACUUAUGCGUGGUUUUGGUGUUACUUUGGCACAUAUCUUCAAGGAACCUGCAACCAUUAAUUAUCCAUUCGAAAAAGGACCAUUGAGUCCACGAUUCCGUGGAGAGCACGCCCUUCGUCGGUAUCCCAGCGGAGAGGAACGCUGCAUUGCAUGCAAGCUGUGCGAAGCUAUCUGCCCCGCUCAGGCCAUUACAAUUGAAGCAGAGGAGCGUGCCGAUGGUAGCAGACGAACAACACGUUACGAUAUUGAUAUGACCAAGUGUAUAUACUGUGGUUUCUGUCAGGAAGCUUGUCCCGUUGAUGCUAUAGUUGAAGGACCAAAUUUCGAGUUCUCUACUGAAACACAUGAAGAAUUGCUUUACAACAAAGAAAAGCUAUUGAACAACGGUGAUAAAUGGGAAUCUGAAAUCGCAUCAAACUUGCAAGCCGAUCAUCUGUAUCGUUAAACAACUCAAAUGAAAAAUAAAAGGGGAAAAUGAAUGGUCUAGUGAUAUAUUAAUAAGUAAUCAAUAUAACAAUACGAAAAGAGCUCUAUUCAUAGAAAACAUUGGAAAUCCCCAUUAAAUUUACCGAAAUAAAACAAUAUGUUGGUGUUUCCAUUUUAAAACUUA